CGCGCAGGGCUUGGCGUGCAUUCGCAUAACUGAUGAGAGGACCCGGAGCUUCCCAGCCUCCAUAAACGGCGGAAAAGGCGCGCUGCAUCUUUAAGGCCGUCCGCUUGGCAGACGUAGGCAGGGCCGGCUCUGCUGCAGCAGCAGCGCCUCAGCCCACCCAUGAGGUGGUUAGCCAAGGUGGAGGAUGGGGAGAGAAUGGACCUGUCCCAGCUCCUCAAUGAGAUCAGGACAAACUAUGAAAAGCUCCUCAGCAGCAAUCAGAUAGAGACGGUGCUGUCCACGAGGAUGCAGGUAAUGAUUUCCCAGAGACAGGCACCUCCCAGGAUAAGGAGACGGUCGUGUCUGCCCAAUUCCUUCCCCGGCCUCCCCGAGCUGGAAGAAGACAUCAGCAAAAAAAUGGACCAGGAUGAAGAGGCUCUGAAGGCGGCUCGAGCGGAACUCAAGGAGGCGCGCCGCCAGUGGCACCACCUGCAAGUGGAGAUCGAGUCGCUGCACGCCGUGGAAAGGGGCCUGGAGAGCUCCCUGCAGGCCAGCGAGCAGCAGCACCAGAUGCAGCUGCAGGACCUGGAGGCGGUGAUCGAGGGGCUGGAGACGGAGCUGCAGGACGUGCGGCGCGGCAUCGAGAGGCAGCUGCAAGAGCACGAGCUGCUUCUCAACACGAAGAUGAGGCUCGAGCAGGAAAUCGCCACCUACCGCCGCCUCCUGGAGAGGGAGGAAAUCAGGUACUAUGGUUGUAUCCAGGGUGGGAAAAAGGAGCCCAAGCCUACCACCAGUAGAGUUGGUUUUGUUUUACCUUCAGCCAUCAUAAAUGAAAUAUCUUUUUCAACAAAACUCUCACAAAAGUAUGAGGAUGAAAAAGUGGAAACGGUAACCAAGCAGGCAACGGUAAAUGGAAAUAUCGUGAAGGAGAGCACCGAGGCUCACGGCACCAUUCAGACAGAGAAGGUGGAUGAAGUCAUUAAGGAGUGGGAAGGCUCCUUCUUCAAAGACAACCCUCGCUUGAGGAAGAAGUCUGUUUCUCUGCGGUUUGACCUGCACCUGGCGGCCACGGACGAGGGCUGCUUACAGACCGGGCAGGACAACCUGCCCGACAUCGAGGUCAGGCUGAUCAUGCGGCGCUCCUGCAGCAUCCCCUCUAUCCAGCGCCCCGCGCCCGCUGACUAGCCCCACGCUGGCAUCGCCUUGAUCUGCAAGUCCCGCGAGGACGGGAGGCCGGGACGGGGCCAUGCUGACCUCUCUCUGUCUGAAAUGUAAAUUCUUAAGUACGGAGGGAAAAUGUGAGGAUCCACCUGUGGUGGUUGAUUCCCUUCAGGGAAAAAAAAAACAGCUAAGGGUUAACGUUUCUCUGAACUCAAUUAUGGGCAUAUUUUUGGGAGAGGGAGAGCUCAAAAAUAAAAUCAGAAAUUCAG